AUGUCAAGACAGAGAGAGACGGAACGACCGAAAAUGCAUAAACUAAUUCCGGUUGAUAGUCAAUCAUUAGACGAAUAUCUGCAUCUGUUUGAAAAUGCUGCAAUACUUAGUUAUGCACGUUCAAUAUUAGAAAAGGAGAAACAACUUAGUGGGUUUAGUGGAAAUACAGAUCUUAUUGAAGCAUUUGAUGAACAAAAAAUAAUAUCAACAAACCUUGAUCUUCCAUCACCUAAUACCGAUGAGAAUAGAUUAUCGACUGUAGAUAAACAAAAUACAAUUGAUUAUUUAAAAGAAGAACUAUCUAAUGUUCGAUCGACAUUAACUGAUGUUCAAAUACAACUUAGUCAGGUUAAAUCAAAUUAA